GGCCAUUGCCGGCGGAGGCUCGUUCUCUCAGAGCAUGACGGGAGUUGUAGUUGGGGGCGUCCCGGGAAGGUUCCGGGUGACGCCUUCUGGUCCGGGGGCGGGCGGUCAUAGCGCUCUUUGGCUGAAAGGAGGAGGAACUGGCAACCGGGAGGAGGCUCUAGCGAGGCCUUGAAGGCUGCGCAGCUAGGCGGGGUGGGAAUUUGGGUUUGGGGGACGGCCAAGUAGCGCGUCUGAUAUGCUGCUGGGGUCGUGACCGCUCGGGGACCGAGGCAGGACCUGGCCAGACCCAGGCUGGAGGCCUCGCCUUCGUCGGGCCUAAUUUCUAAAGGCUGGGUAGGCCUCACGAAAGGCUCCUAUUCGUGCGACCGCGCGGGUUCCUGCCCUGAUUUUCUGUCCGGGAGAUGGCCUCCCCGAGCCCCCCGCCGGAGCCAAAGAGCGACUUGGUAAAUCAGUUGAAGAAAAUUAGUAAUGCUCCAGACAAGCGCUCUCAUUUGAGUUCUUCCAGAUGAGGCACCAUUUUUUACCUUCCCCCGUGUCUUGUGCGCCUGUCACGAUGCGUGGACCCAAGGAGGAGUGGGAUUAUCUGGAUCCAGCUCAGAGAAGCCUGUAUAAAGAUGUCAUGAUGGAGAAUUAUGGAAACCUGGUCUCACUGGAUGUUUUGAACAGAGAUAAGGAUGAGGAGCCAACUGUGAAACAAGAAAUUGAGGAGAUUGAGGAAGAAGUGGAACCACAGGGUGUAAUAGUUACAAGAAUCAAAAGUGAAAUUGAUCAAGAUCCCAUAGGUAGAGAAACCUUUGAACUUGUUGGUAGGUUAGAUAAACAGAGAGGAAUCUUCUUAUGGGAAAUACCAAGGGAAUCUUUGGCCCAGGAACAGAGAAUGUUCAGAGGAAACACUAACAUUAUUCGUAAGAGACCAAACUCAGAAGAGAAAUGCCACAAAUGUGAAGAAUGUGGAAAAGGUUUUGUCCGCAAGGCCCAUUUCAUUCAACAUCAGAGGGUCCAUACUGGUGAGAAGCCUUUUCAAUGCAACGAAUGUGGGAAAAGUUUUAGUCGCAGUUCAUUUGUUAUUGAACAUCAGAGAAUUCACACUGGGGAAAGGCCCUAUGAGUGUAAUUAUUGUGGAAAAACCUUCAGUGUGAGCUCAACCCUUAUUAGACAUCAGAGAAUCCACACUGGAGAGAGACCCUAUCAGUGUAAUCAGUGUAAACAGAGCUUCAGCCAGAGAAGGAGCCUUGUUAAACAUCAAAGGAUUCACACAGGUGAGAAACCCCAUAAAUGUAGUGACUGUGGGAAAGCCUUCAGCUGGAAGUCACACCUUAUUGAACAUCAGAGAACUCACACUGGUGAGAAACCCUAUCACUGUACCAAAUGUAAGAAAAGCUUUAGUCGAAACUCAUUACUUGUUGAACAUCAGAGAAUUCACACUGGGGAAAGACCCCAUAAAUGUGGUGAAUGUGGGAAAGCUUUUAGAUUAAGUACAUACCUUAUACAACACCAAAAAAUCCACACUGGUGAGAAGCCUUUUCUUUGUAUCGAAUGUGGAAAAAGCUUCAGUCGGAGCUCAUUCCUUAUUGAACAUCAGAGGAUCCAUACAGGUGAGAGACCUUACCAGUGCAAAGAGUGCGGGAAAAGCUUCAGUCAGCUGUGCAACCUUACUCGUCAUCAGAGAAUUCACACAGGCGACAAACCCCAUAAAUGUGAGGAAUGUGGAAAAGCCUUUAGUAGAAGCUCAGGUCUUAUUCAGCAUCAGAGAAUCCACACCAGAGAGAAGACUUAUUCAUACAAUGAAACCAAGGAAAGUUUUGAUCCAAACUGCAGUCUUGUUAUACAGCAGGAAGUCUACCCCAAGGAAAAAUCUUAUAAAUGUGAUGAAUGUGGGAAAACUUUCAGUGUCAGUGCUCAUCUUGUACAACAUCAAAGAAUCCACACUGGUGAAAAACCCUAUCUAUGUACUGUAUGCGGGAAAAGCUUCAGUCGGAGCUCAUUUCUUAUCGAACAUCAGAGAAUCCACACUGGUGAGAGACCUUAUCUGUGCAGGCAGUGCGGCAAAAGCUUUAGUCAGCUUUGUAAUCUUAUUCGACAUCAGGGUGUUCACACAGGUAAUAAACCCCAUAAAUGUGAUGAAUGUGGGAAGGCCUUUAGCCGGAACUCGGGCCUCAUUCAGCAUCAGAGAAUACACACAGGAGAGAAACCUUACAAGUGUGAGAAGUGUGACAAAAGUUUUAGUCAACAGCGCAGCCUUGUCAACCAUCAGAAGAUCCACGCAGAGGCGCAAACCCAAGAAACCCAUGAAUGUGAUGCUUGUGGCGAAGCCUUCAAUUGCCACGUAUCUCUUAUUCAGCAUCAAAAAUUGCACACUACAUGGAUGCAGUAAAUGUAGAGAAAUAUUCAAGCUCAGUUUGACUUGAGACUAGCUACCCAAGUGCAGUUUCAGUAUGUUUCACCAUGAGUCAGGUUUAGUGACAAAGCAAAUUCUCCUUGGCCUCAGGCAAAUGGUUUCUAGAUUCUGUGAAAGGUGGACAACUGCCCACAGGCAGCUGAAGACUUCCAUUCCUCUUUGUUUUGAUGAUCAUAAAGACUCAGUAAUUUAUUUAAGCAUCUUUUUGUCACACAUCUUUCAGCAGAGAGGUCAAACCCAGGUUCAGAGCACUUGGUAUUAUAAUUAAUAAAGGGAUAAGGACAAAGUUGCAUUGGUACAAGGGAGCUGAAGUUAGAAAACUAGAGUAAUUAUUCAAGAGAGUCCCCUGCCACCAUCAUAUGGUGGUUCAUUCAGUUCCAUAAGUUUGGCAGUACAUGCCAAAGCCUAGUAAUUAAGCAUAUGAUUAAGUUUUUGAGGAAACAGAGCCCCAGUUUUUUUUCAAAUUGAUAUCCAAAGAUUUUUUUGGUCAUUGCUUAAGAAAGCCAGUUGUUUGGCAUGUGAUUUAAAGAAGCAGUUCCAAUGCCUUGUGUUUCCCAGAUCUGUGAAAUGAGUGGACCAUUAAUCUUACAUAUAAAGAUUAUGUGAGUAAUUAACAAAUGUAGCAAAGGUGUUACCAAGGAACCUUUGGGAGUGCCUUUUUUCAAGAUGGGCCCGAAAAAGUGGAGGAAGACCCUUCUUUUUGUGCCCUCCCAUCUGUGAAACAUAAUUGUAGUCCUAUACAAAUAACCUUAUUCCUCCACUAUCAGCAUGCAAAAGUGUACAUAUUUUGAUUACCAAGAGUUGGAAAUAAAAAGAACUGGAGUCUAUACUAGGAAGCUGAGAUAUUUUGGUAAUUGCUUUGGUUUUUAUGGUAACUAGACUUUGCAUGCGAUUUUAAAAUCCUUAUUUCUGGUUCUAGGGCUUCCCUUAGUUGAUGGUUAUAUAAACCUGUUAAUUCAUCUGUUUUAAUCAUUAAACCUGUUUUUUUUUUUUGCUUUG